AUGGUCAAGUACGAUCUCAUGGCCCGAACCGUGCUGGAACCUCUGUCCACCUUCGAUAUCUCGGCCCAUUCUCGCACUUCAAUUCGCUCCAUCGCCGUCUCUUCCGGCCCCGAUUCCCCAACUCUAAUCUACAUCGGUACGUACUCCGGAUCCUUACUCCUGCUUGCCACCAAUUCCGUCUCCGCGUCUAACCGUGCUGCGACUCCCGACGACCGCGACGAUGAUUCCAAGAGGAAAAUUUCCUUUAUGCGGAGUGUUUCAGUUGGGGAUUCUCCUGUGGAAACAGUGCUGGUCCUUGGUGAGAUUGGGAAACUUCUAGUUCUCUGCGACGGUUCCUUGUUUUUGACCGACUCGCUAUUGGAUCAGCAGCUCAAGAAAUUGAGUUUGGUUAAGGGAGUUUCUGCAAUUGCGAAGAGAAUCAUCAGUGACGAGUCGUGUAGCUCUGACAUAUUGAGUAUCUUGGCUACUACGACCAAUUCGGAAUCUUCGAGUGCGAGUCUGCGCAUUUUGCAGAAAUUGGGCGGCGGGGUUAGAGCUAACGGAGUGAAAACCAGAGACUCCACCCAACAAGUUGAAGGCAACUGUAACGUUUUUGCAGUUGCGGUUGGUAAAAAGAUCGUAUUGGUAGAGCUUGUAUUUGGCAGCGAUUCCAGAACAGUGAAACAUGAAGGUGGUGCUAGCGGUUUGAAUGGUUCUUUUGUGAUGCUGAAAGAGAUCCAGAGUAGUGUUGAAGGGGUUAAAACGAUUGCAUGGCUCAAUGACUCGAUAAUUGUUGGUACAAUGAUGGGGUAUAGCUUAUUUUCCUGUGUCACUGGGCAAAGUGAGGUUAUCUUCAGCUUGCCCGAUUCUUCUAGAUCGCCAUUGCUAAAAGUGUUGUGGAAAGAGAAGAAGGUCUUGUUGUUGGUUGACAAUGUUGGAGUUGUUGUUAAUGAUCAUGGUCAGCCAGUUGAUGGGAGCUUGGUUUUCCGUGGCCAUCCUCAAUCAGUUGGAGAGUUGUCUUCUUAUGUUGUUAUUGUGAGGGAUGGAAAGUUGGAAUUGUAUCAUAAGAAAUCAGGUAGUUGUGUUCAGACGGUUGUAUAUGGAGGGGAAGGAGUUGGGCCUUGUUUAAUAGCAGGCGAGGAAGGUGGGGACAGUAAACUGAUUACCAUAGCAACGUCUACUAAGGUUAUCUGUUAUCAUAAGGUGCCUUAUGAAGAACAAAUUAAAGAUCUACUGAGAAAGAAAAACUUCAAAGAAGCAAUGGCUUUAGUAGAGGAGCUCAAAUGUGAAGGCGAAUUGAGAAACGAUAUGCUGUCCUUCAUACAUGCUCAAGUGGGGUUCCUCUUGCUUUUUGACCUGCAUUUUAAGGAGGCAGUUGAUCACUUUUUGCAAUCAGAAACAAUGCAGCCAUCUGAGCUUUUCCCAUUUAUCUUGCGAGACCCGAACCGUUGGUCUUUGCUGGUUCCUAGAAACAGAUACUGGGGUUUACAUCCUCCUCCUGCACCACUUGAGGAUGUUGUAGAUGAUGGCUUGACUGCUAUCCAACGGGCUGUUUUUCUAAAAAAGGCUGGCGUAGAUACUGUUGUGGAUGAAAAUUUUCUCCUGAAUCCACCAAACAGAGCUGAAGUUCUUGAAUUGGCAAUCAAAAGCAUCAUCAGAUACCUGGAGAUAUCUCGUGUAAAAGAGUUGCCUCUGCUGGUGAGGGAGGGUGUGGACACACUACUGAUGUAUCUCUACAGAGCCCUUAACAAUGUUGAUGAUAUGGAAGCACUUGCUUCUUCCGAGAACAACUGCAUUGUG